UUUUUUUUUCUUUCUCUUCCUCUUCUUUCUCUUCCUUUUCUUUUUUUCCUUACCCUCUUUUUCAUUAUAUAUAUUUAUUUAUACCUUUUAUUUAUUUUUUUUUUCUUUUCCAUUAUUUAACAAUAUGAAGUUUUCCAUUAUUACAGGUGCAUUAUUGUUAGCAGGUUAUGCAACUGCGGUACCUAUGGUUCCAGUUCAAUCGUUCUCCGAAGGUCAAGUUUCUCCUUUAUAUACACCUGAUUUUGUUGAUACUGUAUUGGAUUCUUAUAUUGUCAUACUUAAAGAUAAUAUACAUAUUGAUAAAGUCAAUGAACACAAAUCUUGGGUUGACAAAUUGACUGCUGCAAGUAAUCAAGGUUCUCAAUGGUUAAAUCCUACUACUGGUUCUCAUGGUGUUCGACAUGUCUAUGAUAUGCCAAAUCUUAAAGGUUACUCUGGAAAGUUUGAUACUACUACUUUGAAUGCUAUUCGUUCUUCUGAAGAUGUUGCUUAUGUAGAAAGAGACUCUAUUGUCUAUGCAAGUGAAUUACAACGUAGUGCUCCUUGGGGUUUAGCUCGUAUUGCUCAUCGAAAUGGAUUGACUCUUUCCACAUUUAGCAAGUAUAAUUACGCUACAGAUGGAGGCAAUGGUGUCAAGGUAUAUGUGAUUGAUACAGGUAUCAAUGUGGAACAUGUAGAUUUCGAAGGUCGUGCUACUUGGGGUAAAACUAUUCCAUUAGGUGAUCCUGAUGUAGAUGGAAAUGGUCAUGGUUCUCACUGUGCUGGUACGAUUGCUGGUAAGAAAUAUGGUGUUGCAAAACAAGCUCAACCUGUUGCUGUCAAGGUCUUGAGAAGUAAUGGUUCUGGUUCUAUGACUGAUGUAUUGAAAGGUGUGGAUUGGGCUACUGCAGCUCAUCUUAAGGAUGCAAAGGAAGCUGUUAAUAAUGGAAAGACUUAUAAGGGUGCUGUUGCCAAUAUGUCUCUUGGUGGUGGUAGAUCUCGUUCUUUGGAAAGAGCUGUGGAUAAUGCUGUGGAUUCUGGUAUUAUCUUUGCCGUUGCUGCAGGAAAUGACAACAAAGAUAGUUGUAACUAUUCCCCAGCAGCAUCACAAAAAGCAAUUACAGUGGGAGCUUCUACUUUGCUUGAUAGUCGUGCUUACUUUUCUAACAUUGGUAAGUGUGUGGAUGUAUUUGCUCCUGGAAAAGAUAUCGAAUCUGUUUGGAUUGGAAGCAAGGAAGCCACCAAUAUAAUUUCUGGUACUUCCAUGGCAUCUCCUCAUGUAGCUGGUUUGGCGGCUUACCUUCUUAGCUUGGAAGAAAAAUCUCAAGUCUCUCCUCAAGAUAUUAAGAAUAAGGUGUUGGCUCUGGCUACCAAGGACGUGUUGACUGAUGUGGGUAGAGAAUCUCCUAAUCUUUUGAUCUAUAAUGGUUUUGACAGUACCAAAUGAUUCAGUUUAGAUAGUAUAUUUGUGAUCAUAUAGUUAGUUCUCUUUUGAAUUUUUGUCAUUAUUUCCUCUUCUCUUUUUUCUUAUCAAGUAAUAAACUUGUGUAUUUUCCUUUU